AUGGCGUUUUAAGAAAUAAAACCUCGCAAGAGUAACAACCAAACCUCUAAAAAUGUUCAAAUUAAUUGGAACAUUAUUCGUCCUCGUACUUUUUUCAAGUGCCGAAUCUCGUGUCGCCCUUCCGGUACACACAAACGAAAUUGUACCGGAAUUUUAUGCUGCCAAACAAGGCGGUUGCCAAAUCGACGUGAACAAAGACUUGAAUGAACCACAGCCGUUAAUCCUCAUUCCCGGAACGACGCAAUUUCUGCUGCCCAAUGACACACGAGGCAUUGUUUUCCUGAACAAAGGCGAACAAAUCGAAGUUUAUUGCUCCAAGACGUUCGAUGGCCUGAAUAACGUUCAAUCGCGCAACAUCACGUGCGAAUCUGGAAAUGAAUUUCGCGAAAAUGGCAAAAUAUUUUCGUUCAAAUCGUUAAAUUGCACGCAAUAUCCUUACCACAAAGCUGAACGAACGAAUCGGACAUGCUUUAACGACGCUCGUGUCUUGGAUGUGGGUUUCGAUGUUGGCACCCGUUUCGUCAAGCUUUACGAAAUUUGCUUCGAUGAAGUGCUUGAACGCACAUAUUACGUCACACACGAGUUUACGCCGCCUUAUGCCACACAUCAAAGCGGGUUUCCACGCCCAAGUUUCAUCUCGACGGGAUAUUUCAACGGGAAAAAGGUCGAUAACUUGUACACGCGCAAAACGCAACGCCAAACAGUCGCAAAAAUCCUCAAAUCCACGGAACUCGCGGAAAAAUACAUCCAAGAUAAUACGGAUUUGUACUUGGCACGCGGACACAUUUCCGCGAAAUCGGAUUUUAUCUUCGGCGCACAUCACCGAGCCACGUUCUACUUCAUGAAUUGCGCACCGCAAUGGCAAACUUUCAACGGCGGCAACUGGCAAAUGGUCGAAAUCGCCGUCAAGAAGUUUGUUGCCGAUCGAAACAUUGAAGUUGACGCGUAUACAGGCACUUGGGGCACCACGACGUUACCAGAUGCGAAAAAUAAGAAGCACGAGCUUUAUUUGGCUUUCGAUGAGAACAACAACGGACUGAUUCCCGUCCCGAUGCUGUAUUACAAAAUUCUCGUGGAUCGUAAGACGCAAAAUGGCAUCACGUUGAUCGGCGUGAACAAUCCUUAUUUGGAGAUGAAGGAAAUUCUCGCAGAUUAUGUCAUUUGCAAAGAUAUCAGUGACAUGAUUGAUUGGGUCAACUGGAACAAGACAAAUAUCCAAGUCGGUUACUCGUACGCGUGCGACGUUAACGAGUUCAUGGGCAAAGUAAAGCAUCUUCCCGACUUGCGAGUCAAAGGAUUGCUUGUGUGAUAAUUUUUUUCGUAUUUAUUUAUUCGUUGUUUUUAUUUAGUUUUUAAGUUUUUUUUUUAAUUCCUCAUGUGAUUGAUUAAGCAUAAGAAUUAAAAGUUAAUUAUCAUAUCAA